AUGACUAAAAAGCGAGAACGCGAACUCAAAAAUCUUGGAUACGAUCUGAUCGUGGUAUGGGAGCACCAGUUUCGACAUCAAUUGGAUAAUAAUACCGAAUUGCAACAAUUCGUUUCCACGCUGGAUUUAGAAGAUAGACUUGAUCCCCGUGACAGUUUCUUUGGUGGUCGGACCAAUGCCGUAAAACUUCAUUAUGAGGCGAAAGAAAACGAGAAAAUCCAGUAUUACGACUUCACAAGUCUCUAUCCAUGGACUAAUAAAUAUUGCCGUUAUCCCGUGGGUCAUCCGACCAUUAUUACAAAUGAUUUUCAGGACAUAUCAAAUUAUUUUGGACUCGCCAAAAUCAAAGUCCUACCACCCAGAAAACUGUACCAUCCCGUGCUUCCGUACCGCUCCCAUGGAAAACUGAAGUUUCCAUUGUGUCGAACGUGUGUUGAUGCUGAAAAUCAGCACGCCUGUACUUGUUCUGUUGAGAAAAGAGUCAUCACGGGAACGUGGUGUACUCCUGAAAUCCAAAUGGCAGUAAGAAAAGGGUACAAAAUUUUGAAAAUAUAUGAGGUGUAUCAUUUUGAGCAGUCGUCUCAAUAUGACCCCGCGUCGGGUGAGGGGGGUUUGUUUGCAAAUUACGUUAACACAUUCCUUAAGAUAAAACAGGAAGCCUCUGGAUUCCCAUCCGAGUGCGACAGUGAGGAGUCGAAACGGGAAUACAUUCGACAAUAUAAAGAGAACGAGGGCAUAAGUUUGGAAUACGAAAAAAUUCAGAAAAAUCCAGGUUUGCGCUGUUUAGCUAAACUCUGUCUCAACAGUUUUUGGGGGAAAUUCGGUCAGAGGCUCAGCAUGAAACAAUCCAAAUUCUUUCACGAGUCCGAAUUUGACAAGUUUUUUCAGAUUCUCUCAGAUCCUACAAAAAUCCCUCAUAACUUCCAUAUUAUUUCCAGGGACACCCUCCAAUUCGAAUGGAGUAAUCAUCACUUGUUCAUGCCUUCAGAUUGCAAAACAAAUAUAUUUCUAGCAAGUUUCACCACUGCACAUGCCCGAUUGCGCUUAUUUAGUGUAUUGGAUCGACUGGGGGAGAGCGUGCUAUAUUUUGAUACAGAUAGUGUCAUUUUCAAAACACUUAAAUCUGACAACUUACAUUAUCUACCUAUUGGAAAUUAUUUAGGAGAACUGACGAAUGAAAUCACACCAGAAGAUGGCCAUAUUGUGGAAUUUGUGUCGGGGGGCCCCAAAAAUUAUGCAUAUCGUACACUCUCGGGCAGGGAAGAAUGUAAAGUUCGGGGGUUUACGUUAAACUGGGCAAACUCCAAAGUCAUCAAUUUUGAAUCUAUUAAAUCCAUAAUCUGUACAUCACAGGAUAAGCAGAUUGAAAUUAUUAACCCCUGUAAAAUAUCCAGGGACAGUCGAAAAAGAAAACUGUUAAAUCGAACAGAAACCAAGCGAUAUCAAAUGGUUUACACUAAACGACGAAUUCUUCCUAAUCUUGAUACUCUGCCAUUUGGAUAUUGUUGA